AAAUAAAUGAACUUAAAAAGCACUCCAGUCGUGUCAACGAAUAAACUGGAAGCGUCGCGACGCUUUACUUCCCUUCAAAUAUUACAUCAGAUGACAUUUUUUCAUUGUGCUAGUACAAUAUCCUUACCAUCAGCUUACACACACACACUCCUACACAUCGUUGUUUUCCUCGGAGUUUUCCACCAUCGAUGCGUAUUUUCUCGCAUCGGCAAACAGAAACGUCCCGUCGCUUUCUUUGCACGCAGCACUGUCGCGAUUUUUGCUGUUUUGCGUAGUAGUUUGCUCCUACCUACAAUAAUAAAUCGCAUAUCAUACAUAAUUACAACUAGCGAGGUGAUUCAAGUGGUGAAACGUGGUGAAUGUGCUUUUCAGCCGAACAAUCAAUAUCAAACAAUACAGCUACGGAGUACGGUUUUUCAUAAAUUGGUUCCACCGCACAUAUCUGCACUGCCGAAAACGGCCAUAAAUCUUCGCUAGGCAGCUUUUUUUCGUUGUCUCUGACUCCUUACUGAAACGCUUUCGCCCAAGGCUUCCGCUUUCGCACCUGCAGCAUUGCUCCUGGUCGGUUCACAAAGUUUUCCGGCAAAAAUCACCAACGCUAGUGGGUGGAAAUUGUUAUAAGAAAAAAAACUUUACUUUUACGAUGUCAAGGCUCAUCGUCAAUACGGCCUAUCUGGACGAAGCGAACGGUAACACGCUAUUGAGCAAUCCGGCCACCACUCCAACGGUUGAUCAUCACACGGUUGCCGGACCGACGGAAACCCUAAUCAUUCAAUCACCCUCGAACGAUGACCUUAGCCAGAGCCUUUCCGAGUACACGGAUGCCGAUGAGAGCAUUUCAGCACCGACCGAGCUGUUGGCGGAGUUUCUCUCGGCGGUGAUGUUGCGUGAUUACGUGAAUGCUCUAAAGUAUUGCAAAUUGAUUCUACAGUAUGAACCGAAUAACAGUACGGCCCGUGACUUUUAUCCUCAUAUCCUGUCGAAACUUGCUUCGGAAGUUGGAACCGAGCAGCAGUCCGGAGAGAGUGACGAGAAUUACAAUUUCAACUGCAGUACAUCGUCGUCCAAUUCGGAUGGGGACAUCGACAUCGACGAGGUUGUCAUGAUCUGCAGCAGCGACAGUGAACAGUCCUCAAAUUGCAGUUCCUUUCUAGACUACUCGAACGUGAGUAGCAGUGUCAGCGACGAGGAACUGCUCAACGAAAAAGUGCUGAAUCACAUCAACUGUCACAGUACUACCGACCAAUCGGAUCAACUACCCCCGUCCCAGUCAGCAACCGAUAAUAACACAUCGCACUCGUACUCCAGUCUACUGUUGGAGGAAGAGGAAAAGGAUCUGUCGCUGUCCGAUAUUUCCAAUUUGAACAUCGAGGAUGAUGAGAAUGGCGAUGAUUCGGGAGAUGGUCCACAGGAUGGUAACACGGACACAGCAGUCGCAACCCAAUCAUCGACACAGCAAGCCAAAGCUCAGCCUAAGCCUCAGUCUCACCAGCAACAACCCGCGACAACCAGUACGCCGCUUGCUUCCAAAUUAGUUGCCAUGUUGCGAGCUCGAGUUAUACCUUCCAAAUCUUCUAACAACGACUAGAUGCCCUCCCCCAGGAAUGGAACGUUUCGUCGUCGUCGUUUACUGCAUACAUGUGUGUAUACAAACGCCACGCUGUACCUGUAGGCCUUACUGAGAAAAUAGUUAUCAUUUUAUUCUUUCAACUUAUAAACUCUAGUAAUAUAUAGGUAUAUAGUUCCAUUGGUUAUUAUUACCGAUAUGUGCUAUGAUUGAAAUUUCGCGACCUAAAAUUUAUGCUUUUCAGUAUCAGUUCAAAGAGAUAAUCAAUGACAGACCAACUUCGAAUGUAGAACCAUUUUUAGGUGCGUUUACAGAAGCUAUCUACACUUUGAGAAAAUAUUAAGUGAAACGAUAGUAAAAUGACUGAUAGAACUCUGAUGCUGUGAGCAAUCGGAGGACCCCUAGAAGAAAAAAAAGACGUAUGAUAUGAAGCACAAACUUUGAAUCCAAAUGACACUGUACAGAUCCCGCCGCAAAAAUCUGCGGCUGAGCGAAGAGCUAUUCACCGUAGAUUAGGACCAGCCAGUGUAUAACGGAAAACCCAUUCAUACAAUUUUUACUCAGUUUUGUAGGUAGUGACUAUUAGAAUGUAAGAAUGUAAGAUCAAUCAUUUUCACAUAUCUAGAGUAACUGAUUCUUUAUGUAUAAGUGGACGGAAUCGGUAGAUGGCUCAUCCGAAACACACCCAUAAAAAAACAAUCACAUUUUGCAAAAUUGCAACUUUUCCGACACUACACACACAUACACAAAGACAUAGCUCAGGGCGUUUACAGAAGGCAAUACUAUUGUCAAUACUACAAUUGAGAAGGAAAACUCUAUUAACAAGUCCAUUUUUAAUUAUUUCCCGUGCUGACAGCAAAAGUUUUAGUUUCAAGUGAAAAGACCUUAAAACCCUCCUCUACCUUUUAAAGUUAGAAUGCUGUAUUAAAUCAGUGUUGACAAUAUUACUGUCGCAUUUCCGCCUAAUUGCCCUGUUAUCAGUUUUGUUACAACUUCAUUCGAUACCCGAUAAGGUCCAUCUCUGUGGUAAACAAUGUUGCAACGUCAACCACCAUGCAAAUUAGUUUACAGACACAAUUGUUUUGUUGAUCCGGAUACAAAGAUAGCGCAUCGACACGAUAACAAAAAACCUAACAACAAGUUCCAAGUUGUAAACUGUAUGUGUGUAAAAUAACAGUGUGUAAUAAAGCUGAGUUGAUAACGG